AUGUCUGCUGUGAACACAGAAUUCCUGAUCGAGGAAACAGCAAUUCAACGGAAAAGAAGUUAUUUAAGAUGUGCCAAAUGCUCUGAAGACCUUUCUUCAUGUCUUCCUUCUUUAAGCUUUCAUCCUGUCUCUACUAAUGCUCACAUGAAACUUCUCGUAUAUUUAACCUGCAGACAUAUUGUGCAUUAUAAAUGCAUUGAUAAUCCACGCAAGUUGUAUCCUAUAUGUCCAUCAACUGAUAUGGAACUAGAAGAGGAAGUAGAAAUGGAUGUUGAUGGUAAAGAACAGCCUGAUACCAGCAGUAAAAAACGAACCAAUGAAGAUAUAAAGAUCAUCAAAGCUGAAGAUGAUGGAGGAUAA